UGGCGCUCGGCCAUCCAGAAACAAACCACUUCGAUGACUCCUAAUAGUUAUCGCCAGAUGUACUAAUACACAACAAAUCACGGUCCGAGAGAGGGGGAGAGCAAAUGAGUUCCUAUUUCGUGAAUCCCACUUUCCCGGGGAGCCUGCCCGGGGGCCAGGACUCCUUCCUCGGCCAGAUCCCCCUGUACCCGGCGGGCUAUGAUGCUCUCAGGCAUUUUCCGGCUUCGUACGGGGCAAGCAGCCUGCAGGACAAGACUUACACCUCACCCUGUUUCUACCAACAGUCCAACACCGUCAUUGCUUGCAAUCGGGCUUCCUAUGAGUACGGAGCCUCUUGUUUUUAUUCGGACAAGGACAUUAGUAGCGCCUCUCCCUCCGGCAGUGGCAAACAGAGAGGGCCCGGGGACUACCUGCACUUUUCUCCCGAUCAACAGUACAAAUCCAGCGGCGGCCAAGCCAAAAUUAUAAAUGACGAAGGUACCGACCGGAAGUACACGAGCCCUGUUUACCCCUGGAUGCAGCGGAUGAACUCCUGCGCUGGUACAGUAUAUGGAACACAUGGGAGACGAGGGAGGCAAACUUACACCAGAUACCAAACGCUAGAGUUAGAGAAGGAAUUUCAUUUUAACAGAUACUUAACCCGAAGACGACGUAUUGAGAUUGCAAACGCUCUCUGCCUUACUGAACGCCAGAUUAAAAUAUGGUUUCAAAACAGGCGGAUGAAAUGGAAAAAGGAAAACAAAUUCAUAAGUUCCACACAGCCAAGCAGCGAAGAAACAGAGGAAAAGUCAGGGGAGUAGAACCACUUUUAAUAAACGCUACCAGGCCUUUCCUUAGCACUUA